AUGGUGGUACAGAGCAACUUUGGAGGUCGUUUGCCCAAUAUACCUUCUGUCCUAACCUUUGAGCGCGAAACCAAGAUGUGGCUCCACGACAAUAGACUGGCCGAAAACUUCAAUGGACAGCUGCUUUUCGCAACCUGUCUCAUGAUGCUGUCCCAAAUCAACUUUGGGAUGGAUUUGGCAGCCUUCUCCAACACCCAAGCUAUGGACGCAUUUACAGAGAAAUUCGGCUCCCUCAACCCGAAGACUGGCAAAUAUCACAUUGAUCCUUACUUCUUAUCUCUACUCAACAGCUUGACCUAUAUUGGCCAAGUAUUUGGAGUGGUCACUGGUGGAUUCAUCAAUCGAAGAUAUGGGCGGCGUCCGGCUUUCUUUGUGAUGACUGGCUGGGCUAUUUUGGCAGCCGUUUUGCUUGUUAGCGCUCAGCAUAAGGAGCAGAUACUCGCUGGGCGGAUCGUCAAUUAUAUCUAUCUGGGCCAAGAACUUGUGACGAUUCCCGUGAUGCAAGCUGAGAUUGUCCCCCCAAAAAUUCGAGGAAUGGUAGUUGGCACUUACCAACUCGGCGUGAUGAUCGGAGCAUUCAUUAUGGCUAGCAUCACCUAUGGAACGGCUAAGAUUGAUGGCGAAGCGUCCUUCCGGAUCCCUCUGGGUCUUUUCUUCAUCAUACCAUUGAUAGUUGGAGGCUGCGCAUUCUUUCUGAGUGAGUCACCUCGAUGGCUUCUGGUUCGUGACCGCCACGAGGAAGCGUUGACUGCUCUACGCCGAUACCGCCGCGGCAAAUUCACUGAAGAGGAGAUUACGGCUGAAUAUCACGAGCAAAUUGCUAUGAUCAAAGCGAUGACAAAUGAAAAAGGCACAUUUAAAGAGAUGUGGCAAGGAAUCAACCUCAAACGAUCGUUCAUUGUCCUCGGCUCGAAUAUCUGCAUUCAAAUAAGCGGCCAGGGACUUAGCAGCAAAUAUGGUACCAUUUUCAUCAAAGACAUUCACGGGCCGGACCCCUUUCAAAUGUUUCUGAUCAACACUGGAAUCCAAAUUGCAGUGGUUCUUGUCGCUAUGUAUCUCCUUGACAAGACUGGACGGAAACCUCUCCUUAUAAUAGGCUCAUUUGUGCAAACGGCUACGAUGUUCAUCAUGGGUGGCCUAGGCACAAUCAGUGAACCCAGCAAAGGAAUUAAGAUAGGUAUCACCGCCAUGUUGAGUCUCAACUACUUCGGCUUCGUGUUUGGCUGGGCACCUAUCUACCAUAUUAUUUCGGCAGAAAUACCGAAUUCACGUAUGCGAGAUAUGACAUAUACAGUAUGCAGCAUCGCUACGGUGGCAACACAAUUCGUUGUGUCUUUUUCGAUUCCUUACCUCUUAUAUGCGCCAUAUGCAAACCUCGGGACUAAGAUCGGUCUCGUGUUUGGGCCCAUCGCUUUCUGUACCCUCCUUUUCGCCAUCUUCGUGAUUCCAGAGUGCCGCUCAUUCUCUCUUGAGGAGAUCGACCAUUUAUUCCGUGAACGAGUUCCGCUUUUGAAAUUCCAGAAAUACAAACACGGCCAUAUACUUCCAGACGAAGUUGUUCAUGUCAGUAUGCAGAAGCUGGGAGAAGGCCCAUCAGUUGAAGAGCGUGAAAACGUCGCUCCAUGA